AUGACAUCUCCCACCACAAAGAACAUCCUCAUUCUCGGCGGCGGCAUCUCGGGGUUACAAACGGCGGUUUCGUUACUUGAUUCCUCCCCAAAUAAUCAAUCCCCCCAGUACAAAAUCACACUCCUGGCGAAAUAUCUCCCCGGUGACAAGAAUGAAAAUUAUUGUUCACCAUGGGCAGGAGCAGAUUGGAGAAGUCAUGCUUCGAAACCUGCUACUUGUAUCACUGAGGGGCGGGAUGGAAAUGGGGAAAGUGGUGAAGAUAAUGAUAAAGAUGAAAGACUGAGAAGAUGGGAGGAGAGGACUUAUCGUAAGUGGAAGAGUUUGAUUGUAGAGAAUGAGGAUGGGAAGGGAGCAAGAGGAAAUGAAAUGGAAAUCGGAAUGGGAAUGGCAAUUACACCCUCGAUAUACUAUCUGGGAUCUACAUACCACGGAGCGGAGUUCAACGAGAAUGGUGUGUGGUUUGAGGAUAUGGUGGGAGGGUAUAGAGAAUUGGACGUUGGGCUGGAGAAAAACAAACUCAAGGGAUCUCUGGGGAAGGGAGUCAGAAAAGGUGUACAGUUCGAAACGGUGUGUGUGGAUGUAGAUAUAUAUUUGAGGUAUUUAAUACAAAGAAUAGAACAGCGAGGAGGAAAGCUUAUCCGCGGGGAAAUCGAAACCAAGGAAGGAUUGGAAGGUGUGGUGCGCGGGUGUAGAGAUGUGCUUGCGGGAGAGAAAAUCGAUGUCCUGAUUAAUUGCACGGGACUCUCUGCCGCGCGAUUCGUGGGGGAAGAGGAAGCGGAGAAGAUGUUUCCGGCCAAUACCUGGAACGCAAACCCCGACCGCGAAUUAUCAAGUAGAAUAAUCCAGAGAUUAAAAGAUAUAGGAUGGGCUGAAGAUUUGAAGAAUGAGAAAGGGGAGAUAGAGGUUUUGGAUACGUAUGUGGGGUUUAGACCUGGGAGGAAGGGGGGUGCGAGGGUUGAGAUUGAGGGGAUGGGUGGGGAAGGGGAUAGUGGGAGAGGUGGAAAAGGAAAGGGAAAAGCAAAGAAAAUAGAAGGUGUCUAUGUCAUUCAUAAUUAUGGACAUGGGAGUGGAGGGUAUCAAUGUAGUAUUGGGUGUGCGGAAGAAGUUGUUGAGUUGGUUCGGGGAUUGGAAUGA